AAAAAAAAUUCCUGACAGACAUCGACAUAUUAAUUUAUAUAUAAAAGGAUACAAUGAAUUUUUCAAUGAUAUUUAAAUUUAUGAUUUUACAGUUUUUGGAUAGAUAAAACUUAUUUUUAACUCGUAUUUAAGAUCAUAAAGUUAAACAUUAGAUUUUGUAAGUUGCUUGCAUGAGGGUUUCAAUGUUAACAGUGAAAAUAAAGCAAUUGAAGAAUAAUGUCACUGUAUUUUGAUGCGCGUGUACAAAAUCCAGAAACAGCUUCUAUCAGUACUCACGUGAUUUGGCAUGCUAACUAUCCAUUGUUAGCAAUUGCCUCAUAUUCUCAGGAUAAAGGUGGUUUCGUGACAAUUUAUGAUGAUCAAGGAGAGCCUAUUCAGGAUGUGGAAUCACCAAGACAUUCGGUUGCUCAGGUCACUGCUAUUGGGUGGCAUCCAGAAAAACGUUGGCUUGCAGCAGGAUGGGAAACAGGAGAAUUGCGGGUGUGGCCAGGUGAUACUGGAAGUACAGAAUUCAAUAUAAUAGUUACUCCACAUCGUGAUCCCAUUAAUAUUCUACAAUGGAGUCAACAUGGUGGAAGAUUGGUAUCUGCAGACUCAAGUGGGUCGAUAAUUGGUUGGAAAAUUGAUUCAAGAGGGCAAUUACUAAUGACAUUUCAUCAUGAGUUGAAAGAUUCUUUUGUGCAAAUGAUAUUUAAAACCAUUCCACCAAAACCAACAAUUGAUAUAAGUGGGUUAGCAAGAGCAGCGGUUGCAGGAGAUGAAAGAGCAUUAGAUAUGUUUAGCUCUUGGCGACCUAGAACUGCUGCACCAACAACUGUUGCACCUCAAAGAGAUAAUCAUGCUUUUUAUAUAGGAACUACUAACAGUGUGAUAUAUUUUGUUGAUAAUCAGGGACAAUGUACAGAAGUACUUAGUAUGAGUGGUGCUGCAUUACAAUUUUUAUUGCAUCAUCAGACUAGAGAUUCUAUUAUUAUUAUGACAGAAGGUUUGAACAUAGGACAUUUUCAAGCAGAUCCUAUUACUGGACGACUCACAGAAUUAACAAAAGUGAAACUUAGCAGUAGAUGCGAUAUAUCGAGAACUAGUCCAACAUUGUGUUGGACUAGCGGAAAUACUUUAGCAAUUCUUACGGGAGAAUUAGGCAUUCGUUGCUGGGAUCUUUACACUGGUGAUACUUAUGUACUUUCUCCACCAGAUUCAUCAACUGAAAGUAUUGCUACACCACAAGAAAUCUGCACAAGCAUAUCUUUCUGUAAAAGCAAUGGUACUUUGGCUGCUGGAACAAAUUUGGGAACAAUUUACUUAUGGAAACGCAAAGUUGAAAUGGAUAACGAUGAGAGUGGCUGGCCAACUAUACCAGAAUCUUGUAGUAUUCAUGGUACAGUGAAACAACUGACAUGGGGUGCCACCUUGUUAAGAAACCCACUUCUUGCUGUUAAUUGUAUCACAAAUGUAUUUAUAUUACAUCAACAACCAAUGUGUGCUGCAUACAAUGACGGGGUUUGCGCCAGUCAACUCAGUCCUACUCAGAUUUUAUUAGAGAUUGAAGAGCUAACAUACACUUUGAAAACCGAUAUUCAAGUACAACUCGUUGCUGUUAAUAAAGAGUACGUUGCCGUGUCCUCGAGUAGACAAAUCGUAGUUUAUAGAAUUUAUAAAGAAAAUUCGAUUAACAGUUCUAUAAUUACCAGUUUUAAUUGCGAUACGGAAAAACUAUUAAUUUACGAUCACACUCUAAUAGUUUUGACGCCUGUAGUUAUACAAUUGCGGUCGGUGGAAGGUACAAUUAUCCAGAUUCUACCUACACUGCCAGAGGAAGGUGAACCAAUUACAAUGGAUCUCACUGGACCGUUUCUAACGGUUGCAUCUCUGAAUGGUAUACUAAAAAUUUGGGAUUUGAGUAAGCGAGAAGCUAAGUUACACACCAGAGCAAUGGCGACUUAUGAAGCGAUCAGCGAUUUUGCUGAGAUUAUUGAAGCUAGAUGUAAUGCGGAUUGUCGUUGUGUAUCCAUUACCGUUGCUAUGGCUAAUUUGAUGCCUAGUUCAAUUUUAUACAUCUGGGACAUAGAAAGCGAUCAAAUACUCGAAUUUGAUUUUGCAGUAUCCGACGAUACUGACGAAGACAAUACCGGUCUAACCGUAAAGUGUAAAGGAAGAUUAGUCACUGCUCACUGCUGGGAUGUCGAAGAUCCUAGGCUUUUAGUGUGUCGCGCUCAGAAAUUGGAGACACGAGAUUAUAAGCAGUUGUCGAAACAAAAAGAAGAGAAUGACUUUUCAGUUUCGAAUGCUACUGUAGUUUUAGUAUCAAUGUUUGCUACGUCAGAUCAUGGAAUAGUCGUGCAGGAUAUAAAACCAAUCAAAGACGAAAAUUGUAGAGUGUUAGGUGUAGAGACUCCGCAUAUCAUUAUUCUGAAUUCUGAGAAGACUGCAGAUAGAAAUAGUAAAGUAGAAAAGUUACUUAUGAGGGAUUUCGAGGAACUAGGUAUAUGCGAUGUAGUCACAAAGAAAGCUGUCUUAGAUUUUAGCUUUCAUAUCAGCGUUGCUAACAUGGAUGAGGCUUUUAAGGCUAUAAAGUCCAUUAAAAAUGAAGGGAUUUGGAAGAGUUUGGCAAGAAUGUGUGUGAAGACAAAGCAGUUGAAUAUGGCUCUUCUAUGUUUGGGUCAUAUGAAGCAAGCUAAAGCAGCAAGAGCACUCAGAGAAGCUAUGCAAGAUGAUAGUCUAAAUCUGGAAGCUAAGGUGGGUGUACUAGCCGUGGAACUUGGUUUAUACAAUGACGCUGAACGCCUCUUCCGCGAAGCGAAAAGAUUGGAUCUAUUGGGCAGAGUUCUCGAAGCUCGCAAUAAAUUCAAGGAAGCCAUACAAUUGGCAUCUAAUGAGAAUAAAAUUUGCGAAAAGACAAGCUACUAUAACUACGCAAAAACCCUUGAGCAGGAAGGUAAAAUAGCAGAGGCUAUUGAGAUGUAUACCAAAGCAGAUUGCCACAGGUUUGAGGUACCAAGGAUGCUACUCGUAAGACCUAGAGAAUUGUUGACGUAUCUUAACAAUUCUGAAGACCCAGAAAUAAAAAAUUGGCAUGCACAAUACAUAGAAUCAACAGGAGACAUGGAGGGAGCCUUGCGUUUAUAUGAACAAGCUAAGAAUACUUUAUCAAUGACAAGAUUGCUUUGUUAUUUUGGCAAGGAAGACGAAGUUAGCGAUCUGGUGUCUCGAACAAAUCACGCUGCUUCUGCGUAUCACCUAGCUGCACAUUACGAAUCGAAAAAUAUCGUAUCACAGGCCAUUCAUUUUUACACUGUUGCUAAAGCUUAUACAAAUGCAAUCAGAUUGUGUAAAGAACACAACAUGUAUGAAGAAUUAUGGCCCUUGGCUGUAUUAGCACCAAGGCAAUCGCAAAUAGAUGUUGCAAAAUAUUUUGAAGAAAACGACCAGCCAGAUAAAGCAGUUUUAUUGUAUCAUAAAGCUGGAUUGUUGCACAAAGCUUUGGACAUUGCAUUCAAAACUCAGCAAUAUAGUGCUUUGCAGCUGAUUAUUAUGGAUGUUAAUGCAGAUUCUGAUCCUGCUUUAAUAGAGAAGUGUGCAGACUAUUUCGUUCAGAAUGAUCAAAUCGAAAAAGCUGUAGAUUUACUCGCUACAGGAAGAAAAUACUUGGAAGCUUUGGAACUCAUACAACAGCACAAUAUUCAGUUAAUCGAAGAUCUUGCAGACAAGAUGACACUGGAAAAGAUUGAUAACGAUCCGGAACGCGAAAAGAUUCGUAUCUCUAUAUUGGAAAGAAUCGGUGAAAUUGCUUUUGAGCAAGGAAAUUAUCAUUUGGCGACAAAGAAAUUCACUCAAGCUGGAAAUAAAUUGAGAGCUAUGAAAGCAUUACUAAAAUCUGGUGAUACAGAAAAGAUCUGCUUCUUUGCUCAAGUUUCUAGGCAGAGAGAAAUUUACAUCAUGGCUGGGAAUUAUCUACAGUCGCUGGAUUGGCAAAAUCAGCCAGAAGUGCUGAAAAAUAUUAUUAAUUUUUACUCUAAAGGAAAAGCGAUGGAUCUUUUGGCCAAUUUCUAUGUUGCCUGCGCUCAGGUGGAGAUAGACGAAUUUCAGAAUUAUGAGAAGGCUCUCGAUGCUCUAAAUCAAGCCAGUAGAUGUCUUGCAAAAGUAACCACUCCAAGGGAUCCUGAUAUUCACAAAAGAGCCGUUGAUUUGGUAAACAAUAGAAUAGCAACGAUUAGACGCUAUCUAGAUAUCAAGAAAUUAUUUGAUAGAGGUGAAGUAGGAACAGCGAUGCAACAGGUCCGUCAAUUACUCGAUUCCCAAGGACCUGAUUUGGAACAGUCCGUACGCCGUGGUGAUUUAUUCGCGACUAUAACACAGUAUUAUAUUAACAUAGGCGACACUGAUAAAGCGCAUGCUGCAGUAGAGGAAUUAAAGCGUUUAGUACCUGGGAUUAAUUUGAGUUACUAUUACAACAUGAGCGUGUUGGAAACUCUCGGUUAUAAAAUGAAAGUCCAACGAGAAGAGAGUUCUGACAGAGAAGACGAUGAUAUCGAAGAACUCCUGGGCGAAUAAAUAAAAAGCGAAUUAAGUAAAAAAUACACA